GCCGGAGCCGCCGCUGCCCGCCCCCAAAGCAGGCCCUGGAGCCAGGACCCCUGCGGGAAGCCGGGGGGCCCCCCCCGACACACUCCGCGCCUACUCCAGGACUGUGGUCGCCCUGGCCCCCUCCCUGUCACCUCGAAACCUGGAGGGGAAGACGUGGGCAGGGCGGAGUCUUGGGGCAGAGAAAAGGGCCCCCUAGUAGCCUGGGCGCCCAGAGAUGUCGCCGCUCCUGCUGUGGCCGCUGCUGCUGACGCUGCUGACCGUGGAGCCCUCGGGGGCCACCCUGAUCCGGGUCCCACUCCGCCGAGUCCACCUGCCACAGGGCAUCCUGAGGCCCAUGCGGGCCUGGGCAGAGCUGUUGGAGCCUUCUAGGCUGGGGGCCCCACCCCACGGGGACAGUCCCUUCUUUGUGCCUCUCUCCAAGUUCCUGAACGUGCAGUAUUUUGGGGAAAUUGGGCUGGGAACGCCCCCACAAAACUUCUCCGUCGUCUUUGACACUGGCUCCUCCAACCUCUGGGUCCCGUCCAAGAGCUGUCGCUUCUUCAGUUUGCCCUGCUGGUUCCAUCACCGUUAUGAUCCCAAAGCCUCCAGCUCCUUCUGCCCCAAUGGGACCAAGUUCGCCAUUCAAUAUGGAACGGGGAGGCUGAGCGGGAUUCUGAGCCAGGACAAGCUGACUAUCGGGGGAAUCAACAACGUAUCCGUGACUUUUGGGGAGGCUCUGUGGGAGCCCAGUCUGGUCUUUGCUUUUGCCUCCUUCGAUGGGAUAUUUGGCCUUGGCUUUCCCGCUCUGGCCGUGGAUGGUGUUCCAACCCCGCUGGAUGUCAUGGUGGAGCAGGGGCUGCUGGAUAAGCCCGUCUUCUCCUUUUAUCUCAACAGGGACUUUGAAGGAACUCAUGGAGGCGAACUGGUCCUGGGGGGCUCGGACCCGGCUCACUACAUCCCACCGCUCACCUUCGUGCCGGUCACCAUCCCUGCCUACUGGCAGAUCCACAUGGACCGAGUGAUGGUGGGCACGGGGCUGACUCUCUGUGCCCAAGGCUGUGCUGCCAUCGUGGACACAGGAACAUCCCUCAUCACAGGACCCUCUGAGGAGAUCCGGGCUCUGCACAGGGCCAUCGGGGGCCUCCCCUGGCUGGCUGGUGAGCACUUCAUUCAGUGCUCGAAAAUCCCAACGCUGCCCCCAAUCUCCUUCCUCCUUGGAGGGGUCUGGUUUAACCUGACGGCCCAGGACUACGUCAUCCAGAUUUCCCAAGGUGGCUUCCGCCUCUGCUUGUCCGGCUUCCAGGCCUUGGAUGUGCCUCCGCCUGCAGGACCCCUCUGGAUCCUCGGAGACGUCUUCUUACGGACCUACGUAGCGGUGUUCGACCGCGGGAACACAAGCCGCGGUGCCCGGGUGGGGCUGGCACGCUCUCGCGUCCAGGGAGGGGGCGGGGCCGCGCAGGCGCAAUUCUCUGAUUGAGGCCCCCGGGGCUAGAUGCUUGCGCGCCACGGGAUAGCGGAGUUCUGGCCUCCAGGGAAAGAUCCAAGACUUCCAUUGAGUAAAUCUACCCGAGUCUCUCAUAUGCAUGUUUCUUUUGGAAGGAAAAACUUGGUGUUCGGACCUCCAGAGGUCCCUACUUUGCAGGGCUCUCACUGAUGGGGCCCCGCGGCUUGUAAUACGAAUCCCAUGAGGCUCCUGGCUUUCUUUGCUAAACGAGCCAGGCCCGCGGAGCACGCCGGAUGUUGUAGUCUGCGCCGUUUUCCCGCGUUGGUGGCUGGGGCAGGCGCAGCCACAACAACAGUGGGAGGCGACAGGUCUCCAUGACAGCGACAGGUGGCUGUGGGGGGAGUGGUGGCUGAGAUCGGUAAAAGAUUUCCCAACCCUUAUUCUAAGGAGAGGGGCUACCGCUCCUACUGGUCUCGUCUCGGGUCCCUCCUCUCUCCCCUUGAGUCCUGAGUCCGCCAUAAAGGCGGAGCUUGAAGCCCCCUGGUUCGGGAGAGCACGGCAGCCCCUCCUCUGGCGGUGAUGUCACUGCCCCUCCGCAGUCCCUCGUUGACCAGAGCUACCGGGGCUGGGCCACUCCUCUCCCCACCGCCAGCCCCGGGCCCCCCAUCCCCACCUUGCCUCGACUAGGGGUGAGUACAGUGGAGGUUCAGAUCCGCAGGUGUAAGACAACCCAAAUCCCAGUUAUGGAGGCGGGGACUGGGAGAUGUGACCCAAAAUGACAGCGGAGCGAUUCCCCUAGGUUCUAGGCUUUGGUGCACCGAGGUUUUUUGGAAGGUCUCAGGCGACCAAGGGUCUUAAGAGUCCCCAUAUUUUCAGCUUUAGUGAGACUCCCUUUCUUUGAUUUGGAACUGAUGAGAAUAGAGGUGGAGGUAUAGAAGGAGCCUUGGAAAUCAGGGAGGGAAAAACCCAUCCCCACUCACUGGGCCAUGGGAUAGAGAGAAGGGAGGACUGGAACCGCCGUCCUGGAGACGACGCAGCCGGGAGUGUGCAGCUUUCAGGAAUUCUGUAAUUUGAGUGUUCCGGAAAGGACGGAUUGGGAGGAGCAGGGUCGGGGAAAGAUGUGAAGAAGUAGACAGGUAUUAGCCUUUCCUCUCCUGGUGUCUGCUGCCAGGCUUGGAGUCUGCUGUUUCUCCAUCUGUGUUUAUAGGUGGGUGUUCUGUAAUCCAGGGUCCAUCUUGUCUCCCAAAGCCACCUCUCUCUAAGGAAUAGGUGGAGACUCCGGGCUCACAGAUCUCCCACAUAGCCUGUGAGGUCUGACAAGGCCAUAAGGAACUGAUGGUGUCCAAAUUUCCCAGGGCCCUGGACCAUCCUAUUACUACUCCUUGCUGUUGGUCUCCUGCCCACUCUAAGGUCUCUAAUCCCAAAUCUCAUCCCAUAGCCUCCCUUUUUUCUAGCUUCCUACUCCCCACCAAACCCCCAGUUUAUCUACACCUUUUGACCGUUGCUAAAACGCUGAAUUGGCUACUUGAUCCCAUGCCUGCCUGUGGCCAAAUAAUGGAAAGCAGAGGUGGGGGUGGAAGUGGGAAGAGUGGCUUACUCAGGUCCUGUCCCAGCCCCUAAUCCCAGCCUAACCCCAGCUCCAACCUCCAACCUGCCCCAAAAUGGCCUGGGAGCCUCGCUUAUCGUCUCUCACCUCAGGACUGACUGCUUCUUCCUGGGGUGUACCAGAAUUCAGGACACAGAGGGGUGAUGCCUGGGUCUUUUCUUGGUCCUAGUGGGUCCCAUCAGAGGCUUGAGGGAUGCCUGAGGAUCGCAGGCCCUGGAUUGGGGUCCUGGAAGAGCCCGGAGUCUGGAAAUGAGGGCACCGCCUCCUUGGCCAGCAGGACAGGCCCUACUUCUGCACCUCUCUGCAGUGACGCAGCCUGGAGUCCCAGCCAGGAUGGGGGUUAGACAGAGGUGUUGGGGGCGGGGCGUCCUGAGAGAAGGGGACAGAGACCCAAAGACAGGAGACAUCCAGAAAAAAACAUUCAGAAGGGGAGAAUGGUGGGGAAGAGAGAUCAAGGAGGGGAGCAGAGAAAAAAGAUGAAAGACCCAGAGCGAGGGAGGCAGAUAGCUGGAACGGAGCAGUGAUCGAUAUACAGGGAGAAAGGGAAGCUCAGGGGAUGAGGCCGGCAGAGAACAUGAGGAGCCAGCGACCGAGAUGAACAGGCAGAGCCUGAGGAAGAGUAAAACACAUGCAUAAAGAGGGUACAGACACUUGGAGGGAGAACGACUCAAGAACAGCAAGCCCACCCAGUGAUGAAAAGCAGAGGCUGGGGGCUAGGCAGCGAAGAGGGUAGCCUGCGCCUGGGAGGGGACAGCAAUCUACGGAGGGGGAGCCAGGCCGGGAUGAAAGCGCAAAGGCGAGGUGGGGCAGGGACCUGGGACACAGGCGCAUGGCGGAGUGAGGGGCCUAGCGACCCCCCAAAGAAAACUAGGGGGAGGGUAUGAAGUCAGCCGCGGGAAGGGAGACUGAGCCCCAUAGAGAAAAGGGACAGAGAUUCAAGAAGAGAAGCAGAUUCAGAACCUACUGGGAGGGCAGAGACUUAGAAAAGAGGGACAAACACUCUGAGAUCGGGGAAGAAAGGGAAUACCAAGAUACACAGGCACGGGAACGAGGUGAGAAACCAUACGAACCAUCCGCACACUUGCAGCAGGAGGCGAUGGCCCGGGACAAACCGCGCGCCCUGCGGCGGCCUGAUCCGCCCCCUUCGCUCCACAGGCCCCGCCUCCCGCCGCAGCCCCCGCCGGAGCCGCGGGCCCCGCCUCAGCUCCCUGCGCCUGCGCAUUGUUUGCAAGCGUCUGGGACCGCCCCGGCGGCGGAAUUGGCUCGCUGGGAAGAAGGCCGACUGGUCCUGGUCCCGCACCUAACUCUCCGUCUCGACCCCCUCCGGGCCUCAUUGACACCAAAACUCCCGCACUCUCCAUUGGUUCCGCCCGUUGCCCACGAUCCGGAGCUCUGGCUGCCCCUCAUUUCCCUUCUCUUCGCCUCCCUCAGUGCUCAAUUCUCACCAGUUCCUGCCCAUCCCUCGGUCCUCACUCCUCCUUAAGGCCUCGAGGACCCUUAGUUAGGACCCUGUCACAGGAUCUCUCCGUUCCAGAUCCCUCCCCUCCGCCUAGAGCUCAUUUCUCUGCGUAGAGCCCCAUUCGCUCUCCGAGCUCUCCCGCAGCCUAGUCCCGACGUUUUCCUCGGCGUUCCUCGCCCACCCACCUCCGUCCCGCCCUCCUGCCUUCUGGACGCUCCUCCUCUGGGCCAAGCCCGGUGUAGUCAGGCCUAGCUUGCAGCUCCGGGGCUUCCUUUGCAUCAGGCUUGCCUUUCCCCUUCGCCUUGGCCCUUUUCUACCUGGCCCUAUUCCGUCUACAGUUCCCACCCCUGGUUCAGUCCCGCCCUCCCUGCCCCAACCCCAGUCAGGGCGGUUUCUUCUGUCUUCGGUUCCGAUCCGUCCAGUGUUAGCCCCACUCCACCCUCUCCACCUGCCGCUCCAUGUCCUCUCCUGCCUGCCAGGGAUUUAGGUCCAGGUAUGCAAACUCAUUCUCCCCGGGUCACUUCUUAGUGCAGUCCGAUCGGCUUCUCUCAUCGUCAGUCAGCCUGGCUUCCCUUUUUUUCCCUGAUUCUCUCAGGUCUCUUUGGCAAAUCUUGCUCCGAUUUCUCCGCUCUCCCUGAAGUGCUCAGCCCAAACAGCGUUAGUGACCCUUUGACGCCCCACCCAGCCCCCUCCAAUAGGCGUCCAAUUGGCCUGCCUCAUUAGUGCCCCCCUCCCAUUCAGGCACAAAUUAGAGAACCAGCCUAGCUCCGCCCACUAUCCCCUCAGCCCAAUCAUCUCUGAUCCUCCCCCACGAGUCCCCGCCCCCAUCUAGCGCCUCUUCUCACCCAAUCGCGUCAGUCUCUGCACCCUCCAGGCCCACCCCUUCCACCCAUCGCCUCUCCCACCCAAUCACGUUCAUCUCUCCUCCAGAGCCCCGCCCUUAAGAGCCCCGCCCCUCCCGGCCCGCCCCCUGUCCAAUGCUGAGCUCAGUCUGCGUCUAGUCCUUCCGCGGGCGCCAGGGGGCCAGUAAGCAGCAGCCGGCGCCACCACCGCAGCUGCCGGAGUCCCCGCCGCCGCUGUCCCCGCUGCCGCCGCCGCCGCAGCCUGCGCAGCCCGGGCCAGCCGCAUCCCCGGCGGGCCCCCCGGCACCCCGCGGGCCCGGGGGCCGGCGCGCCGAGCCAUGCCCCGGGCUGCCGGCGGCGGCCAUGGGGCGGCACGGCGGCGGCGGUGGCGACAGCGGUAAGAUCGUGAUCAACGUGGGCGGCGUGCGCCAUGAGACGUACCGCUCGACGCUGCGCACCCUGCCGGGGACGCGGCUGGCCGGCCUGACAGAGCCCGAGGCGGCCGCGCGCUUCGACUACGACCCAGGCGCCGACGAGUUCUUCUUCGACCGGCACCCGGGCGUCUUCGCCUACGUGCUCAACUACUACCGCACCGGCAAGCUGCACUGCCCGGCCGACGUGUGCGGGCCGCUCUUCGAGGAGGAGCUGGGCUUCUGGGGCAUCGACGAGACCGACGUGGAGGCCUGCUGUUGGAUGACCUACCGACAGCAUCGUGACGCCGAGGAGGCGCUCGACUCCUUCGAGGCUCCGGACCCCGCGGGCUCCAACGCCGCCACCGCCGCAGGAGCGCAUGACGCGGGCCUGGACGACGAGGCGGGCGCGGGCGGUGGCGGCGGCCUGGACGGCGCAGGCGGCGAGCUCAAGCGCCUCUGCUUCCAGGACGCGGGCGGCGGCGGCGCCGGGGGGCCGCCAGGGGGCGCGGGCGGCGCGGGCGGCACAUGGUGGCGCCGCUGGCAGCCCCGCGUGUGGGCGCUCUUCGAGGACCCCUACUCGUCGCGGGCCGCCAGGUAUGUGGCCUUCGCCUCCCUCUUCUUCAUCCUCAUUUCCAUCACCACCUUCUGCCUGGAGACCCACGAGGGUUUCAUCCACAUCAGCAACAAGACGGUGACGCAGGCCUCCCCAAUCCCUGGGGCCCCGCCAGAGAACAUCACCAAUGUGGAGGUGGAGACGGAGCCCUUCCUGACCUACGUGGAGGGCGUGUGCGUGGUCUGGUUCACCUUCGAGUUCCUCAUGCGGAUCACCUUCUGCCCGGACAAGGUGGAUUUCCUCAAGAGCAGCCUCAACAUCAUCGACUGCGUGGCUAUCCUGCCCUUCUACCUGGAGGUGGGCCUCUCGGGCCUCAGCUCCAAGGCCGCCAAGGACGUGCUGGGCUUCCUGCGGGUUGUCCGCUUUGUCAGGAUCCUGCGCAUCUUCAAGCUGACCCGCCACUUCGUGGGGCUGCGGGUGCUGGGCCACACACUCCGUGCCAGCACCAAUGAGUUCCUGCUGCUCAUCAUCUUCCUGGCCCUGGGCGUGCUCAUCUUCGCCACCAUGAUCUACUACGCCGAGCGCAUUGGCGCCGACCCCGAUGACAUCCUGGGCUCCAACCACACCUAUUUCAAGAACAUCCCCAUUGGCUUCUGGUGGGCUGUGGUCACCAUGACGACCCUGGGCUAUGGAGACAUGUACCCCAAGACCUGGUCCGGGAUGCUAGUCGGGGCACUGUGUGCCCUGGCAGGGGUGCUGACCAUCGCCAUGCCCGUGCCGGUCAUUGUCAACAACUUUGGCAUGUACUAUUCAUUGGCCAUGGCCAAACAGAAGCUGCCCAAGAAGAAGAACAAACACAUCCCCCGGCCUCCCCAGCCUGGCUCGCCCAACUACUGCAAGCCUGACCCACCCCCACCACCCCCACCCCAUCCUCACCACGGCAGCGGUGGCAUCAGUCCUCCGCCACCCAUCACGCCACCCUCCAUGGGGAUGACUGUGGCCGGGGCCUACCCUCCAGGGCCCCACACGCACCCCGGGCUGCUAAGGGGGGGUGCAGGGGGACUGGGGAUCAUGGGGCUGCCCCCUCUGCCUGCCCCCGGCGAGCCCUGCCCACUGGCUCAGGAGGAAGUGGUUGAAAUCAACAGGGCAGAUCCCCGGCCCAACGGUGAUCCUGCUGCAGCAGCGCUGGCCCAUGAGGACUGCCCUGCCAUCGACCAGCCCGCCAUGUCCCCGGAGGACAAGAGCCCCAUCACCCCCGGAAGCCGGGGCCGUUAUAGCCGGGAUCGCGCCUGCUUCCUCCUCACCGACUAUGCCCCUUCCCCUGAUGGCUCCAUCCGAAAAGCUCUUGUCACCGCCUGAGACCUCGCGAGACCCUCGGGUCCCCCCUGCCCCUUUCCCCCAGGUUACGAGAAAUCCCGCAGCCUGAGCAGCAUCGCGGGCCUGAGCGGGGUGUCCCUGCGCCUUGCGCCCCUUGCCACCCCGCCUGGCUCUCCCCGGGCCACCCGCCGCGCCCCCCCAACCCUGCCCUCCAUCCUCUAGCGCUCCCCUCCCCCCUGUGGGGGGACUCGGGGGUGACCCGGAAGAAGGUCAAAGGAGCUGGGGGUGGGGGUGGGGAGAAAGGUAUUUUUUAAAAAUAAUCAAAAAGUCAUUAAUAAUAUGCAACCGAGAUGAUGACGCCAGCAGACACCCCCGAGCCCCGAGCCCCCCACCUGGGCCACCAGGAUGGAAGGGGAGGGGCCGGAUCCCACCCACCCUCUCCCCCACAAAAAGCCUUCUCAGGUCUCCAUGAGCCAUAGGACACCCUCUCCCAUCAAGUCGUGUAAAUAAGUACAGAGGACGCCAAAUCCAUCUUGGGGCACCUACUCCCCACACUGCAUGCUCCCCAGCUGGACCCCUGCUCCCAAGACACCUCAGCAAUAAGCCGCCAGGGGCUGCAUGUCGCGAGCUGGAGGGGAGGGGGCCAGGAACUGCAGGGGUCGGGCUGUUCUUCAAGCCUCGAGGGGGCUUCUUGGCUUCCCGCCCUUCCCCCCAGGGCAACCAACCCAGCACACACUUUUGGAAAGGAAACCAGCUAGGGAUGGGGAAUGAGGGGUGUCGACCAAACCUGUCUUCGGCUGAGGCCCAGGGGAGAUAGUGCUGACAAACCCCACCCCGCCCCGCCCCAGGAGCUACUGGCCUCUGUGCUUGCUGCAUGGACUCAGAACCCCCAACCUCGUGCUCCUGGGAGGAUCUGGCCCUGGCCCACAAAAUCCGCGCCCCUCCCCUCCAUUCCCAGGACAUGAGACCUGCAUCUGGAAUUCCUGAGAUAGGCCCUGGCACCCCGCACUCCUCCAGUCUCCACACACUUUGGGGACUUAGCCUCAGCAAACAGAUGCUUCCUUGCCCCGCCCCCCCCCCACUUCCCUGGAUUGCAUCCCAGCACUUCAGACCCCCAGCUCUUAAGUUUAGUUCAGCCUUUGGGAUGCUCCAGGUCUUUCCCACAACUCUGACAUCUCCCGGACAACCCCAGAUCCUCGGGUCUGCUUGCCAACACCCCAAAGUCCCGCAAAGAACACCCCACUUGUCCAUCCCAGGAUCUCCUCACGCUAGGACUCGGGCUCCUCCGCCUGUCUGCAAUCCAGGGAGCCAGGCCCCGGCACCCCUUCCACCCUAGCCCUGGCCAUGAGGCCCUUUCCCUGAGAUGGUGCCCACAGGCGCCCUCCUCGUGGCCAGCGGUUCCCUGCAGUGUCGCGCAGGUGCCCUUGCAGGGGGUCCACGGACGAGCGCCUGUCGGAAGUUUCCUCUUGAACGCGCACAUUUGCACAUGAAGCUGGUGAACGGGGAGCGCUCCCUGGUCGGGGCGUCAUUCUUUGGGUUACCAGUGUUUGCAUUCAGGGCAGUCCCGAAAUGAUCGCAGAGGCUGCGGCUAGAGGAGCCCUGGAAAGUCGGCCUGGGAAACUGCGACAUGUCUAGGGUGCGGGCGUCCCACCCCUGGCUACCAGGCUCACGGUGGAAAAAGCCGUCCCUCACACCCCAUCCAAGCUCAAGUAUGCGCUACCUCCCCCAGGCCCAGAGACCACGGUCCCAGAAUCCUUAGCGGACCCUCCUUUUGGAGCUGGGGGCCUGCGGAAUCAGCACCCUCCCUCCCUCUGCUCCCACGGCCUCAGGGACCCCCCCUCUCGACCACCCAAGGGUGGGGGGGCGUCUCUGGGGACAAUUCUCGAUGCAACGAUUCCUAUGCAAGGGGCAUUUUGAAUCCCCCCAGCCUCCUCCAGCCCCUGAGCCCCGGUGAAUCGGGGUGAGGGGUGGGGAGGGUAAUGGUGGGGCAGGGUAAAGGGCUAGGGCUCCAGACACCAGGGUAGGGGGUGGGGACUGGUUAUAUUGCCAAAGGGUUCAUCUUCUUUAAACAGCCCCCCUAGUUUCCCCUGACCCUCACAAAAAGCAGAUCAGGGCGGGGAAAGGGGUGAGAGUCUUUCCCCUAGGGUACUGACCUCUUCCUAACGGCUGCCCCUGCUCGCCAAUCCGCCACACGUACCCAGCUUUUUAGUUCAGCUUUAAAAAAAAAUAACCACAUCAUAAACAUCUACAAAACGCGUCUUUCGUCCCGUCCCUCCUCCCCAUCCCCCAAGUCAACAAAUAGCGUGGGAUUCGGGGAGGGAGAGCGAGCUCAAGGGACUGCCUCCAAGUCCCGCUCCUUUUCUCCUCGGCCGCCAGGGUGCCUGCAACUACACGCAUGCGCUGCAUGCCGCGCGCCCCCCACUCGCAUGGCGCGCCCCUCCUGCGCUCCGGGAACCCACGGACACGGGGCAUGAGGCGGGGCGAUUGGGGAGGAAGGAAUGGCGGGGUGGGGUGUCGAGCUCGGCGGCUCCCCCUCCCCAACACACACACAGCAAUAAGUUUCUCACACUCGAAAGCGGGCGGGAUCGGCCUGGCCUGUGGGGGGCGGGGGGGAGUGGCAGAGGGGCGCUCUCAGGGAUGGGGGCGGAGUCCGGAGGCUGUGGGGAGGGAGGUCUCCAAAUCGUCCAACUCUGGUGCUAACGGCGGGUCUUCUCAGUCCACCCGCACGGCCGGGAGGGAGGGGUCGGUAGGCCCUUCCCCCCAAGCCUCCCCCACGCCCACCCAGGGUGCAUGAACCGCCCGACGCAGAAGCUGCCGCAUGUCACUCCUCCUCCCCAAAGAAAAAAAGUGUCAAGCUCUCUUCCCCACCCACCCUCUCUCCUCCUCAUCAAAAUAAAAACUUCCUUUUCAUUUGAAA